UCUUGCUGAUUGGCUCAGCUGUCGUGUCGUCAUCCCUGCUCGCUCCGCCAUUGGCCGACGCGUACAAAGCCCUUUCUGUUCUUCGUACUGUACCACAGACGUGCACCAUCAUGGCUCGAUCCCCGAUGGCCCCGUAGCAGCAUCCGAACCCUCGGCGCUCGUACGGGUCAGGGUCACAGCGACCUGUUCACGCGCACAAGAAGCCCUCCCGCACGCCUCGUGUCCAGAUGCGUCCCGGGCUGGCGGGUUUGGCGGCGGAGAUGCUGAGCGGUGCUUCGUGCAGGACCAGGCCGAGGAUCGGCAGCCUCUUGCUGGCCCCGGUCACCAAAACAGCGCCGCCGCCUCCGUCCAGCGCGGAGAGCCCCCGAUUCCGCUCCACGUCCUCGAUGCAGGGCUUCUCGGAGCUGGCGAGGGAGAGGUCCAAGUCCGUCACGUCUUUCUACAACCAGUCCGCCAUCGAUGUCUCCGCAGAGAAGGCCUCAGUGCGACUGACCUUGGCCACCCUGCUGUAUUCUGGGAAGUCUCCUGAUGGACAUCACAUCUUGAGCAGUGCCAAGUACCUUCACAAAGAGCUGCCUGUACGAAUCGCUCAUCGCAUCAAGGGCUUCCGCAGUUUGCCCUUCAUCAUUGGCUGCAACCCCACAAUUCUGCAAGUGCAUGAAUUGUAUAUCAGAGCGUACCACAUGGUCAGUGACUUUCCGCAGAUCAAGGAUCAGGACGUGGAGGCUCGUUUCUGUAAACUGGUGCAGCAGCUCCUGGACGACCACAAAGAUGUGGUCACCAUGUUGGCUCAGGGCUUCAGGGAGUGUCGCCGACACAUCCAGGAUGAGACAAUUAUCCGCAGCUUCCUGGAUACAACGCUGUGCUCUCGUCUGGGAAUCCGAAUGUUGGCCACGCACCAUCUCGCCCUCCACGAAGAUAAUGCUGAUUUUGUCGGGAUCAUAUGCAGACGCCUCUCUCCCAAAAAGAUCAUAGAGAAGUGGGUAGACUUUGCCAGACGUCUGUGUGAGCACCAGUAUGGAAACUCGCCCAGGGUGAGGAUCAACGGACACGUAGCCGCUCGUUUCCCCUUCAUCCCUCUGCCUCUGGACUACAUCCUGCCCGAGCUCCUCAAGAACGCCAUGAGGGCCACGAUGGAAAGUCAUUUGGACACCCCGUAUAAUGUGCCUGAUGUGGUCAUCACGAUUGCCAAUAACGACCUUGAUUUUGUCAUCAGGAUUUCAGACCGUGGCGGCGGCAUCCCUCACAAUAUAAUUGACAAAGUGAUGGACUACCACUUCAGCACGGCUGAGGAGAGCGCGCAGGACCCUCGCAUGAGCAACCUCUUCAACAACAUUACCAACAGUGGAAACCAGUCCAGCCCGAUGCAUGGGUUCGGCUUCGGCUUGCCCACGUCUCGGGCCUACGCUGAGUACCUGGGCGGCACCUUGUCCAUACAGUCUAUGCAGGGCAUCGGCACCGACAUCUACCUGCGUCUGCGCCACAUUGACGGCAAAGGAGAGAGCUUCAGAGUGUGAAGCUGACCCUCUCGUCAUCCCUGUAGAUCCCAACCAGGGAUUCAGGCCAUGCAGGAGUGCAGAGGAUCUUCUUCCUCCAGGGAGGCUGGCAUGGACUACAGGACUUUGGUCCACAGAGUGAUAACCGACACAGUAUGUUGUCAGAAAAAGCUCCUAAUUUCACCAACUCACUACUUGUUUUUUGUUUUUUUUUGCCUUAGACUGAUUAUAAGCUAUGUUAGCUGUCAACUUGAUUUCAUUUGUUUUUCCUUUUCUGUGUUUUGUACCGUGUGGCUUGUUGUCUUGAAGUUUUUCGGGGGUGUAUGAACUUUUGAUUGUGUAGGUUCACGGGACAAGCUGCGCAUGACAGUGAUGUCAAUGAGAGAGGAAGGAGAGGCUCACUGUGAAGUCACUUGUUGCAUUAGCCUCAAAAUAGGAACAGACGUUUAGAUGGAUCAUUGUUUCAAAUGAAUCUUCUGAGACACUCCAGCGACCCUGUCAAAAUCUCCUCAAUGUGUGUGAAGCUGCUCACGAGCUCCGCCACUGUUUGAAUGAACAGAUCCUCGCAGUACUUUAUCAGCCGCUGGUUUUAGUGUACAAGGGACGAUUGUGUACGUUUGCAGUAACAGACAGUAGUUUCACUUCAGGGUCCUCCUAUUGAAGGAGGCACGCCCACGAACAAAGGCUCAUUUAUGCUCGAGCUUGAUACGUAAACAGACGAAGGCUUCUGUCCGUACUCUGCAUUCUUCUUGUCAGUAUUUGUGUUUGACUUCUGAGAGUUUUCAGAUGCAGACGAAACAGAAGAAACAGACGGUAGCAAAGAAACUUGGAGGCAGUGUAGCCAGUCAGCGAGAAAACCACUAGACAGGAGGGAGGAAAUUUAAACAGUGGGUGAACUUCGUGAGGAGAGACUUGUGAGAAACGACUAACCCUAUAGAUGUAUGAUGUCACUUUGACCGGGCAAAGAGACAAACAGCUGCUUUUGCUCUUUCUUAAGGGGAGCGUCAUCACAACCUCCUCCAGCGGCACCAUGUUUGUUGUUGUCAGAAACUCUCGACUCUGCGCUGCCCUCUGGUGGAUGUAUUGCUUAGCGUUAGGAAGUCACGGUCGCGUUGUUUUGAAACGGACGUAUCUCUUCUCGGACGUAACGGCAGCAAAAAUGAGCCUCGAAGUGAGAGCGGGGGGACGACAUUUCUCACAUAGGUUGGCAGCAGACUGGGCCAGAAGACAGAGGCCGAUGACAGUGAGCAGAAUAUGUCUCCUUUUAAAAACCACACACUUGAUGUGUGAUAAACCUCAGCCCUGGACAACCAGUAGCAUUACUCUACAAACACGCCUCCAGUCCAGUUCAGUCCAGUCCAGUCCAGUCCAGUUCAGCCGUGGCUGAGAAAACGCAGAAGAAAACGCCAAAAAACCACCGAAUGCUCAUUAACAGAUUUCUGUCUUGUUCUGUUUUGAGAACACACGACGAGAUGAACAUCUUUGAUCAGCAGCAUCUUUGUGGAGCUUUCAGGCAGGAGAGCCAAGCAAGAUGUUCAGUUGCCUUACAGUGUGACGCUUCAACUGCAUGCUUUUACUCUCCCCUGCUUUCUUUGCUUCUAUUAUUAUUAUUAUUAUUUUCCGUUGCCUUUAUUGGUUCACACAGAUGCAUGCCCUGUCACUCACUCGUUAGUUUGAUGGGGUUUUUUUUUUUUGCACAAUGGUCAUGUUACGCUCAGCACAAGCACCGAUCACAGCAGAUUUUGACUUUAUUGUAUCAACCUUCAGAGUAACAAUAUACCAGAGAAGUAUUAUCUUACCUUGUCUUUCUUUUCUGUUGUUUUUUUUUUUUUUUUUUAUUAUUCACAUAAUUUUUUUCAGACAAUCUCAUUUUUUGUUUGUGUUUUUGAAGUAAGUUUUGUAUGAGAGCACAUUUCAGGACGGUGCAGCAGCAGCAGGGUUUCUGCACUGUCAUCUGUGGGAGACUAGAUCAGGUUGUUCUCAAUAAUUAUCUCCAGAACACCACUUGAUUUUUACCAUUUCCAAGACAACAAAUAGCCACAUCUAAUGUGUAUUUUGUAAAGUUUAGUUUAUGAUUUUUAACCCCUUUUUACCUCCUAUUUAAAACAAACAAAAAAAGAAUAAUCUCUACUUCCUCCCACUGUCCAGAAAUGAAGCUAAGAUAUCCUCGACAUGAACGUUCUCAAGCGAUCGAGGGAUGAAAUCACAGUAUCGAGGUCCUGACAUUACACGUUUUGCAUAAAGAUGGUGGGAUUGUCUGUUCCGUAGAGAUUCUGCCAUCGAACAGGAACUUUCAGACGCUGUUAUGAGAUCUAACAAACACUUUGUUGGAAGCAUAUUGAGUCAUUUUGUUCCAGAAGUGCGUCUCCAAGCAAAACUGAAGCAUUUUGUAUUUGGUAACCUGGAUUUGGUCUCAUCCAGGUUAUUAUCUUCAAAUAUCUUAAACACAAAACAUGUAUUUGUGAUCUCAUCAUCUCAGGAUUACAGGCUUCUGAACUUUGUCAGUCUGUUUUUAUCAGUCAUUCCUUUUGACCUGAGUAUUUCAAAACAAAGAAAUCCCAUAUACCGGAAAAAGAGAAAGAAAUAAUAAUAUGAGUUAAAAUUUAAAUUAAUAUAUUCAAGUUGUGAUCUUUCCCGAAAGUGAUUGGUCGACCCUGGCCUCGCUGAGUUUCCAUGAAUUAGUUUAUACAUUUCACAGCAGAUGUCUUCUCUUUCCCUGCUGCGGGAACAUUCCCCACUCGAUCUCAAGCUGAUGCGACAGAUGCUCUUCAGGUUUAUGUUCUGGUUGCGUACUUCACGAUGCUGUUUAUCUUUUUAUUUCAAAGGAUGUUGGGAAUCUUAACAGGACAACUUUGAAAAAUAAUCAUGUUCAAAGAAGUUUUGAUUUUCAAGAGAUUCACCCUGUGCAUUAUCAGUUAUAUCACUGGCCUGGAGCUGUUAUUAUUUUUAAUCACACAUCUGCAUCUUUAAAAUCUUAAGAAUCACAUAACUAGUGUAAACUAAAUAAUGGAAAAGGACAGUUGUUUAAACAAGUUAUGAAUAGUGGAAGCUUCUGAAAUGUGUCGUAAUCUUACAAAUCAAGUAACCGGUUCUCUUGACGUUGCAUGUGCUUUAUUUCUCUUUCCAGUGCGUUUACAUACAAAAUGUUCCUUAAAUUUAAGAUGAGAUUUUGUCUUGUGGGACAUUGUGAAAACACAAGUGAACCAGUUAUUUCAGUUGUUAGAGAUCAGUAACAUAUUCUGAUUUAAUCUGCGAGAGGUUCGUCUUUAUUUCACCGUUUUAUGAACUGUUAACUGUAUAACCUGUAUUCUUUUCUGAGGCCAUGUUUAUGACUUCAUGUGUUUUAUUGUGGAUUUGAAGGUCUUGAAGAUGUGGUAGCUUGUGCAUGUGAAGCUGAAGGGGGGGGGGUUAACGCCACAUAGCUUAAACAUGGGUUAAAGUCUUGUGUCCUUUUUUCAGGCGCAUGAUAAAGGAUUUGUUCUUCUGUUCCACCAUGAUGCUGGUAAAAUUGUACUUUUUGAAUUUGGAUGCCUGCAGGAUCAUGUAUGAAGCAUUGAAAAACGUGCACUGGCUGCCCUCUGUUGGCCAAAAAAAAGAAGUGUAUGCAGAAAAUAUUGUUCAUCAACAACAUGCAACGACAAAAAAAAAGUGAAUUUUCAUUUUCCAGGUUUGGGGUUUUUGUUAUUUUUGCAGAUAAAAUGAAGUUCUCUCUCUGAGAAAAUGUGCUGCCAUGAUGGAAUGUUUUGUCUCCUUGACUAAAAUCAGCUUCUCCCACAUGUUUUCUGUUAUGUUGAGGAAACUUUAGACAUUAAAUUUUAUUUGGUUGGAA